AUGCAUGCUCAAUAUUUUGGAGCUGUUGGUGCUAUAUUGUAUAAUGAUCCAGCUGAUUAUGCUCCAUUUGGAACAACACCUGAUCAAGUCUAUGAUCAAAAAUGGUAUAUGCCUCCAAGUGGUGCACAACGAGGAUCAGCGUAUACUUCGAAUGGUGAUCCUUUGACACCAAUAUAUCCAUCGACAGACUACAUGUACAGAAUGAAAGAAGACAGUUCACGCUUUCUACCUAAAAUUCCUGCUCAGCCAAUUGGUUAUGGUGAAGCUCAGAUUAUUCUUCAAUACUUACAAGGUAGAGAAGUGGCAGCAGAAUGGCGUGGAACUUUAGCAAAUGUAACAUAUCGUUAUGGUGGAAAUCUUAGUGAUGCAUCAGAUGCUUGGAGUUUGGGUUCUCUCGAUCCAACGAGUGGAACAGCUACUAUUUUAGAAAUAACCAGAGUACUUGGUGAAAUGCAUAAAAAUGGUUUUCGACCACGACGUAGUUUAAUGUUUUGUUCAUGGGGUGCUGAAGAAUAUGGACUCAUUGGAUCAGUAGAAUAUGUUGAGGAAUAUGUUAAAGUAUUGGGUGCUCGUAUUGUUUCCUACUUGAACUUGGAUAUUGCUGUUGAUGGAUUUUAUAAGGUUGAUGUCGAGGCUUCUCCAAUGUUAUUUGAUGCCAUUGUCGAAGCAGCUAAAAUGGUUCCAAGUGCAUACGAUCCUGCUGGACAAACUGUCUAUGAUAAAUGGAUGAAAGUUGAUCGAAAUAACGUGACUAAUGAACCAAAAAUAAGACAUGGUCUUGGAUCAGGAAGUGACUUUUUUGCCUUUGAUCAAUUAGCUGGCUCAUCAAAUUUCGAUGCCACUUAUAGGUUUAAUCCAGCUGAUCAUGGAAAUUUAGGUUCAUAUCCACUCUAUCAUACAUCCUAUGAAGUUUUUUCGAUGAUGAAAACAUUUGUUGAUCCUGAAUUUCUCGCACAUAGAACUAUGGCUCAAUUUACAGGUGUUUUAGCAUUAAUUCUUUCGGAAAGUUCUGUUUUACCAUUGAAUGUUAGCCGCUAUGCAUCAGCUCUUACAGACGCAAUGAACAGCCUCGAAAUAGCUAAUCCUGCAGAUCUUGAUCCACUUCGAAAUGCUAUCAAUGACUUUAGUAAGACUGCUGAAGAUUUUGUUGCACGUUCGAAAGGAAUGGAUAUUGAAAAUCCAUAUGAAAUUCGUACAUAUAACGAUCAGUUAUUACAAUUAGAACGAGCAUUCCUUAAUCCAUUAGGACAAGGUUCAGAUUAUACUGAAAUGAAACAUAUUAUUUAUGCACCAGCUAAAAGUAAUCAGUAUGCUUCAUCUGGUUUUCCGACCGUCAGUGAUGCUAUUAUCAGUGGUAUUAAAACAGAAAUCGAAUAUCACGUAGCAAUAGCUACAUAUUUUGUACGUGGUGCUCUAUCUACAUUAAAAGAAUUUGAUAAAUUUAUUGCUGCUUAA